AUGCCAGACACCCCCGUGUGGGCCCAAUCCGGAUGGCACGAGUACCUAUCAGCUCGAAAUGCCGGGCUCCCUCGUCUCCCCGCUGUGACAAACAUCAGCGAAGAGGUGGUGCGAAUACUGGGUGGGAAUCCAGGUGACAUGCAACUGCAAGGAACCAACACAUAUCUUGUUGGAAGUGGCCAAUCGCGGAUUUUAAUCGAUACAGGCCAGGGAUUCCCCAUUUGGCUCACGACGUUGGUGGAGUUUCUUGAAAAACAUCACUUGAGCAUCUCCCUCGUGCUCUUGACGCACUGGCACAUCGAUCAUACCGGUGGUCUCCCGGCACUACUCGCCCAAUAUCCACAUCUCAAGAAUGCCGUGUACAAAGCUCAUCCGGACCGAGGCCAAACUUCGAUUCGUGAUGGGCAAAUUUUCACAACCGAAGGAGCUACGCUGAGGGCAUUAUUCACUCCUGGGCAUAGUCUCGACCAUAUGUGCUUUGUCCUAGAAGAGACCGAGACCAUGUUUACUGGCGAUAAUGUUCUUGGACACGGCAACAGCGUGGUUGUGGAAAAUCUAGGCCGAUACAUGACGAGUCUACAGCUGAUGAAGAAAAGCAGCCACAUUGAGGAUAUUCAAGUUGGAUAUCCAGGACAUGGCGCUGUGAUUGAAGACUUGCCUUCGAAGCUCGCAAUAUACAUAAGGCACUGGGAGACACGGGAGAGGGUGGUCAUGGCAGCUUUCACGAAGGCUCGGGGUAACACCAGAUCAUCGUUGACAACCAGCGAAAUCAUAACGCACCUCUAUGGGCCAUCAAUGGAAGCAAUGGCGAGGCCUUUCAUAACGCAAGUUUUGUCCAAAUUAUCCGACGAGGGGAAAGUCAGCUUCAUCCUAAUGGGAGAGGAGAAGAAAUGGUUUAUAGUGUGA